AUGGAAGAUACUAAUGAUAUUGAGGAUGAUGAUGACUCUAAUGUAGACCUUGACUGGUAUAAUUGUGAAGAAGAAGAAGAAGAUAUUGACGAGGAUGACGAUGGCGAUGACUAUAUUGGUUAUGUUGACCUGUAUGAUUCAGAUGAUGAUGACUAUAGUGUUUAUGAUGGUUUUGAUGAUUGCUAUCAUUAUGAAGAUGACGAUGAAGAAGAAGGUGGAGGCUUUGGUGGUGCUGGACUAGGUGGUGGACAGUUCUGCGGUGGUGGCAAACUUGGUGCCCUUGGCGGUGGCUUUGGUGGCGGAACUGGAGUAGGAGGUGGGCUGGGUGAAGGUGGCAGUCAUGGUUUUCGUAGAGACAGUGGGCUCGGUGGCCUAGGCGGUGGAUUUGGUGGUGGUGCUGGUGGAAGACUUGGCGGCAGGCUUCUUUGA